AGUUUAUUUUUUUUAAUAUCAAAGCAAGACGCUGUAUUGUUUUUUAUUAAAUAAUUAUUAACUUUUUUUGUAUAUAUAUUGCGAUAAUGUUAUUUCGCAAUAUAAUUAAAAAAGAAACAGGAAAAGAAAAGUAGUGAGAAAUAAAGUAAAAGAGAAAUAGCAAAAAAAUAAGUAAAAAUUACAACAACUAAAGUCAAAGGAAAUUUUUCGGUUUAAGCAAAUACGCAAAAAAAGCUAAAGAAAAAUUAAAAUAAUUUUCAAUAGUUUUUGUGAAACGAAAAAGAAAAACCUGCCCAAAUAUUAGAGAAGCAACGCAAGAAAAGUAUAAAAUUUUGUGAAUAAAUCUUUAAAGAAAAAAAUAUACAAUAAAUUGCAAUAAAUUAUUAAUAACUUAAAAGCACAAAAUAUAAACAAUUAAAAGAAAAAGCUCAAGAAAAACAAACAAGAAACUGCCUGCUAACAAGAAAAUUUCUUAAGAAAUAGAACAACAAAAAAAAUUACAACUACUGCUGCUGUUGAAAAACUCAAAUCAAUAUGGAUGAUGUUGUAGCUCCACCAACACCAGCCUCCGAAUCUGCACUAAAAAAUUGGCGUGUUAAACAUUCGACUGGUACAUUGGAGAAAAAAGAUUUCAUAGAAUUCUUUCAAAAAGAAUCAAGAAAAUAUUUUGAAUUUCAACAUGAUAAUGGUGUGGAUUCCGCUAGAAGCUGGCAAGAUGUUCUAUCAGAAUUUAAAAAUUUGAAAAAUAAACGAGGAUUUGAUGGUUCUUUAAAAUGUAUGUUUAAAGAGGCUGGUGCUAAAGAAGGCAUUAUCGAUGUUCUUCUCGAAUUCAUAUUGGGUGAUAAUCCUAAAUCUCUUUUGGAUAAAUUACACUCCGUCGGUGCCACAUCGGCGGUAUGUGGUAAAGUGUUUAAAAUCGGUGAACCCACUUACAGUUGUCGUGAGUGUGGCAUGGAUCCCACCUGUGUGUUGUGUGUUAAUUGUUUUAAACAAUCUGCACAUCGUUAUCAUAAAUAUAAAAUGUCCACUUCGGGUGGUGGUGGCUGUUGUGAUUGUGGUGAUGUUGAGGCUUGGAAGAAGGAUCAAUAUUGUGAGGAACACUUGCGGGGCAAGGAAAACAGUUCCAGCAGUACCAUUAUAACAGAUGCCAUUAAAGAACGCUGUGAAAUCGCCUUCAAAGCCAUACUCUCGUUUUGUGUUAAUUACCUGGAAAUUGAAUCUAAAGCUAGUCUCGAAUGUUUAGAUGGCGAUGGAGCGGGUGAUGAUUAUUUCUGUACCGUUCUCUAUAAUGACGAAUCUCAUACAUUCGAUCAGGUCAUACAGACUCUAACGAAAAUCGCCAAAGUUCAACAGAAAGAGGCCACCGAAAUUGUGGCGAGUAUUGAUCGCGAAGGACGUGCCGUCGUCAAGUGUGAUUCGUUUGGUGAGUGUAAUGCCCUAAAAGAGGCAAUUGAAAAGCAGUCGGUACCACCCAAUAUGCCAAUGCCACAUAGUAGAGCUAAUCAAUCGUUGAGGGUGUCUGUGUUGCACAUAAGAGCUGUUGCCUGUCAACAGUUCGCUUUGCAAUUACUCACCUGGUUUCAGGAGUUUUUAGUACGUCACAGUACAUUUCGUCAGAUAUUUGCCCGCAUCAUAAUGGAUAAAAAGGCUCCGUAUUGUAUACGACAUAUAUUGGAAUAUGAUGUGGCCCUAUGGAAGACGGCACGUACUUGUUGGCAUCGUCUCUUAAUAUCGGGCAUGUUAAUGGAGUACGACAAUAAAAUGGCUUUGGCUCAAGAAUUCUCUAAGAACUAUGCCACCAUUGUACAAGACUUUAUAAGUGAUGAUCACGAUCAUUCAUUUUCCAUUGUAUCACUAAGUGUUCAGCUGUUUACGGUACCAAGUAUCGCUCAUUAUCUUAUUGCCCAUGAGGGUAUAUUCUUUAAACUACUGCAUACGUUCUAUCACAAAUCCAUAGAGGAUUAUAUGCAAAAUAAAACUCUACACUUUUCCAAAAGUGCUGCCACAUUGAAUCAUUUCAAAAGGGCCGCCUAUAUUCUAUACGAUUUGCGUUAUAUUUUAAGCUUUAAGCCAGAUGUUUGGACCAGCGAAUUGCGUGAGGGCUUCAUCGAAGGCUGCAAAGCUUUGCUGCGUGUACUGAAUGUUAUGCAGGGCAUGGAAUCGGUUACAAGACAAACGGGUCAACACAUGGACUAUGAGCCAGAAUGGGAAUGUGCUUUUAAUUUGCACAUUAAAUUGGCCAAUACCAUUUCAUUGGUCUUGGAAUGGUGUGCCACCGAUAAAGAAGUUUUGGUUAAACUCUAUCAAAUGGUUAUGCGUAAUCUAUUGCAAAAUGGUUUUAUUGUUAGUCAAGCAAAGGUGGAACCCAAAUCGGUAGCCUGGCAUGUAGCUAAAUGUUUAGUUUAUGAUGUCGCCUCAAAACCAGUGUCUAUUCACUUGCCUCUAUCCAGAUUCUUUGCUGGCAUCUAUUUACAUUUGGGUCAAUAUGGUUUAAAUUUCGAUUUGGUAACCAGUUUAAAACGCACACCCGAAGAGAUUAUGGAACCGAUACUCUGUACUCAAGUCUUGAUUGCACAGGUACAUUCAGGCAUGUGGCGCCGCAAUGGUUAUUCUCUACUUCAUCAACUCUAUUUCUAUCGUAAUGUACGCUGUCGCACCGAAAUGUUGGAUCGUGAUAUUGUCGGCAUGCAAAUCGGAGCAUCACUUAUUGAAAGCAAUCAAUAUUUGAUACAUCUUCUUAAUAAAUUCAAUUUGAUAGAAUGGAUUCAACCGGGAUAUGAAGAUUCCAAUACUGAACUACCCACAGAUGAUGAUUUCAUAAGACGUCUUUCGAUGAUUGAUGAAUUUUUAGAAUUAUUAAUUGUGGUCAUUGGUGAACGUUAUAUGCCUGGUGUGGCACACGUUACCGAAGAGGAUCGUACCAAAAAGGAAAUUUUACAAUUGUUAUGUAUAAAACCCUACUCACAUUCGGAACUUAGUAGAGCAUUGCCCGAUUCCAAUAAUGAUACCGCCUUAGAAGACGUUAUCGAUUCGGUGGCUGUUUUUAAGAAACCACAAAAACUAGAUGCCAAGGGUGUUUAUGAACUUAAGGAAGAGCUAUACGAUGAUUACAACAUGUACUUCUAUCACUAUACAAAAGAGGAUAAAUCUAAAUCAGAAGAAACACAACGCUUGAGGCGUAAAACUAAAGGUGAAUUGGUUUGUUGUCCACCACCAAAAUUGCCCAAAUUAACAGAUGCUUUUGUAACAAUUGCCAAUCUGUUGCAGUGUGAUGUUAUGAUGCAUCUAAUGAACACUAUAUUGGAAAGAGCUUUAGAUCUUAAAACUAAAACUUUCCAAGAAAAUCAUUUGCAAAAGAUUUUACAUUUGAUUGGAUACGGCUUGCAAGAGGAAGAAUCUGAAAAUUAUCCCUUCUUGUCUUUCUAUCAAUGUUCCCAAAAAUAUAAAAUUUUACAAAAGUUGGAGGAGUUAUCUCGUAGCGCUAGGGUUGAAGCUCAUCGCGAUUUCAUUUUAUGGACUAUCAAAAAAUUCAAAGAUUUACAAGCCAAACAACCUGUUGAAAACGCUGAGCGUAUGCAAAGCGAUGAUAUCGAGCAAUUAGGAGACUCUGCCUCUAAUGAUGAUUCACAAAAUGCCGCCGAUACCGCCACAUCGGCUGAACAAGAAAAACGUGAAAAAGAAGAACGUUCUCGUUUGGCGGCCGAAAGACGUGCCAAGAUUUUGGCACAAAUGCAAAAAGCUCAAAAUAAAUUCAUGACUUCAAAUGCUGAAAUGUUUGCCAAUGCCAAUGAUGUAGCCAGUGAUGCUAAUGCUGGCUCUGCUAUGGAAUGGCAAGAUGAUAAUAGUGAGGAGGGAGCGGUAGCUUAUAACUCUAUUGCUUGUUUGGGUGUUGAGCGGCGUUUGCAACAGCCCGAGGAAGAGAAAUAUAAUUGUAUUUUAUGUUUUGAGGAGGCCACUGUAUGUAAAGAUGGUCCAACUUUGGUGUAUUCGGCUUUUGUGCAGAAAUCAAAGGUCCUUAAACCAGAAUCAAAUUAUCCCUAUUCCAUACACACUAGCAGCUGUGGACAUGUCAUGCAUGUCAACUGUUGGCAGGAAUAUUACAAUAAUGAAGAAUCAAAAGAAUUACGUCGUCCACGACGUCAUCCCCUACAAAUCUUCCCCUCAUCGCCGAGCACAGAAUUUCAGUGUCCCUAUUGUCGUUGUCUCAGCAACACUGUACUGCCACUAACAGCUCCGCUUUCAAAAUACUCUGUACCCAAUGUCAUACACUCAGGCGAUGAAAUCUAUCCCAUAGACUUGUGGAUCGAAGGCAUACGCGCCUUCAGUGAUAAACUUAAUAGUUUGGUUAUUAGCGAAGAUGCCAUUAUGUGGAAAUUCCAUUUACCCGAAUGGUUUGCCACCCUCAAAGAGGCACACAUUGUUACAGAUCCCAAACAAUUUGCUAAAAUGGCACAGCCAAUACCCCGUCCAGAAUUGCCAUCAAGUUGGGUUAAUUUCGUACAACAUUAUAUUAAUUCAUUGAAACGUAAUGACGAAGAUGAUUUGGUUAAUAUGUGGCAUUCAUGCAUAUAUACCGUACAAUCGCUGGAAGUUUAUUUGCGAGCAGUGGGUAAACCACUUAAAGAUGAAAUGUCUAUAAGACAUAAGAGUUGUUUAAGUGGUUUAAUAAGAGCCUGUUGUCUCUAUGGGGCACAUUUAUCACAAACCGAUAUUGAGAGUCUGAUAAAACCAGUGGCCGAACUGUUAAAUGUGGUGUUUAAACAUAAUGGUGAUUCGGUGUUGGAAUGGAAUUGUUUUAGUAAAAUGGUAUCGACUAUUAUGAUGGUGCCGAAUAUAUUGUUUUCGAGAGAACGCGAUACUUCUGUUCUUGCCAAUGGCAGCUUAAUGGAUUUCUAUACGUUACAAGUUUUCUUUCUUGCCAAUGUUGUUAAAGCUUUAGUAUUAUUCGAAUUACCCGCUGAUGGUCUCAUGGAUGUGGAAGAAGAGGAUUAUACUAACCUCUCGGAUAAAGCACUUGAGAAUAUUUCGAUAUUCUUUAAUAAAUACAAUAUACAAGCAAGACAAAAACAACAGGAACAGCAAAAGCAACAGAAAAAGGAAACAAAAUCAGAGGAACAACAGCCAACAACACAACAGGGAGAUGAUACAGAUGCUGGUAUGUUUAAUGUAACGGAUGAUGAAAAGCUACAGCAAACAGAAGAGGAGGAUGAACAACAACACCAGCAGCAGCAACAACAACAGCCGGCAGUGGAAUUAUUAACUCCUCAAAUGGUUUACACAAUAUUGGAUCAUAUUAAAAUGGAAAUGCGUGAAUUUUUACGUUGCUGUUGUUUGUUCUUCCACUUUGUAACGGAUGUAGAGUUUCCUGAUUUCCUAGCGACCACCGAAAGUGACACCUAUGAGAAUAUGUGUAAAUAUUUGGGUCUCAAUACACAACUGGAAGCGUAUUUCGAUAAUGCCACACCAUUUGCUACCAUUUUGGAAAUGUUUGCCUCGCAUCAUGAUAUUACCAACUUAGAUGUGGUCACCACAAAACUCAAACGUACCGGUGAUCUCUUAGUUAUUGUACCCUGCACCAGGCCGGUGCCAAAAUUAGUGUCUUUACCCGAAGAUUACAGUGAUUUGAUAAAUAGCGUUUCCGAUUUCAGUUGUCCCAAUAAUGAGCGCGAAGAAAUGAAAACACCCACCAUGUGUCUAAUGUGUGGUGAAGUAUUGUGUGCUCAAUCGUAUUGCUGUCAACCGGAUUUGGAUGGUCGUAAUGUGGGAGCCUGCACAUAUCAUGCUUUCUUUUGUGGUGCAGAAAUUGCUCCUUUCCUGCGUAUACGUGAUUGUCAAAUAGUUUAUUUGGGCAAGAAUAAAGGCUGUUUCGUACAGCCUCCCUAUUUGGAUGAAUAUGGAGAAACAGAUCAGGGUCUUCGACGUGGUAAUCCUCUCAGAUUGUGUCCUGCACGUUAUAGUAAAAUUCAUCUUAAUUGGUUGGGUCAUGGUUUACACGAAGAAAUUGCACGUCUCAAUGAACAUACGUCAGCGAUUACCACUCAAUGGCAUCAUAUGUAGUUAGUGGAUAGGAAAUCUUUAACAACAGCAAAUCCUCCACCACUACUACAGCUACUACUACAACUACUACUAUCACAUACAAUCUACUAAAUGAAAUAUACUUUCAAAUUAAAUAAUCUUAAUCAUCCUGCACAUUAAUGGCAGUUGAUAAAUUUAGUUAAUAGCUAAAGAUUAUUAUUACACAAGAUAAAAUUUAAAUUUAAACAAAAAAAAAACAGCAGUUAAUGUGAUUUAAACUAAUCUAUAUUAAAAAAACAAUUAAAACAAAAUGAAAAUAAACCUACUUAUGUUAUUAAAAACUAAUAAUUACUAAACAAAAAAACUAAAGAAGAAACACAAAACUUACAACUCCUACUAUUACUACAACUAACUAAUAAAACUACUCUUGAUAAAAACAAAACGAAGAAAAGAAAAACUGGAAUAAAAUUAAAUCUCUAAAAUUCCCUCCUUUUUUCAUUACAAACAAUUUUCACUUAAGUUCUUUAAUCUGCAAACAAAAUUUAAUCAAGCAAAACAAAAAAAUUAAACAAAAAAACUUAACACAUAAGAGUAGCAUUUUUAAAACAAACAAAAAAACACGUUAUUAAAAUUAUGAUUUUCGUUUCGAAAAUCGUUAUAAUUAGAAUGGUUGUAGUUUUAAAAUUUAGUUUUUCCUUUUUUCAAAUUGUUUUAAGUUUUUGUUUUUCUCAAAAAGAAAAACAAACAUUGGAUUAUAUUUUUAAUUUGUUUUUCAAUGCAGCUGCUUUUUUCUUUCCUAACCUUGUUAUAUUUUUACUUACACAAAUGCAAUAAACUGAAAUACUGUAUAUUUUUACUUUUUACAAUUUCUCUCUCUACUUACUUGUCCUUUACUCUUCUACUUUUGUUACACAAUUUUUUUUUCUCUCAAAAAAAAUUUGGAAAUUUUGAAAUUUUCAAUUUUUUCCUUUCACCUUGCUUUAAUUUCUAGUUCUAUAAUUUAUUU